AUGAGAACGAAACCGUUUCUUCUCAUCCUGACGUGCGUGGUAAUGACCACGUUUCUUCUGAUCCUAUUCGGUUCCGCCGGCCAGCAGAAUGAUUCGCUGAAAAACAUUGUCUCCCAGACGCACCAACAGUUCCGCAACUUCAAGAAAAACCUCCGUGAAUCCAACAGUGACCCUCGGCCAGAGAUCGAUCCGAAGUACCUCGCACAGCUCGGCUUCACGCAGCCACUGUACAAUGGCAGCCGGGCGAACUUCACGAUCGUCACGUACGCCUUGCCGGGCGAUCUGGCUUCGACGGUGCUGUACGUGCAGAGCAUGGCGCUGAAGCUGCCCAACCAGGCGCUGUUGGUGUACGAUCUUGGUCUGAGCGAGACGGAUCUUCACACACUGCAAGCGUUCUGUAACAGUUCCACCGCGCACUGCACCGUGAUAUCGUACGAUCUGAGCACACUGCCGGCGCACGUGGCCGACCGAAGCAUGCACGCCUUCCGGCCAAUUCUCAUCCACGACGCGCUCGCCCGCUCGAAGGUGAUCCUGUUCACCGAGAACAACGUCCGGUUGCGGGGAGGUCGCAACAGUGCACGAGACAUCGAGGAGAUGCGGGUGCGCACGGAAAACAGCACCUCCGGUGUGCUCGGCUGUGCCACGAAGCAGCCCGUUACCAGCCGGACACAUCCGAAGAUGUUCGAGUACUUUGAGAUUGCGGUGGACAACUUUUUCUUCCUGCCCAUGACUUCGCUCGAGUUUGUGUUCUUUCGCAACAGUGCGACGGUCAACGAGAAGGUGCUCCUGCCGUGGGUCCGCUGUGCGCUGACACUCGAAUGUCUGCAUCCGAUCGGUGCUCAAUCCGGUGGGUGCAAGUACAACAAGAAACCGCUCUAUCGGUACUCCGGGUGCCACGCGUACGAUACGUGCGCGUUCAACAUCAUCCUCGGCAUGACGUUCGGGUACGACGAGAGCAACUACUCUAACCAAGAUCUCGCGAAUCUCUACUACCUGGAAACGCUCGAGCAAGCGACCAAGAUACUGGAAAACCGGCGGAGAAACAUUAGCGACACCUCGGAGCACCCGUUCACGGAGGACUGA